UCUAUGGAAACUCUGCAAGUGCAAGCACACUCUCUUUCUCUUCCCUCAGUUGCCCAAUUCCAAUCAGACACCGACAAAAUCAAACGCAACCUCAUUCAAAAGGGUGUCUUUCCAACACCCAAGAUUGUCCACAAUCUCCGUAAGAAACAAAUCCAAAAACACAAUCGAAAACUGAAACAAGCGAACCAGCCCCCUCCACUCACUGAGUCCCAAAGGCAAGAGUUGUCGGAAGAGCAACACUUUCAGGCACUCAAACGCGAAUACAGAGAAUUCAAAAAAGAAAUAGAAGGCAAAGCCAGUGGCAACGAGGGUGAGGCUUUGUUAAUGGCGGGGAAGCCAUGGGAAGGGCUUCAAAAGGUUGAGUUUUUGGAGCGUAUGAGGGGAAACAAGAAGUACCGAGGAGAAAAGCUCAAGAGGGAGAGCUUAAUGGAGCUGAAGGAAAUGUUCCAGGCACGAAAGAUGGAUGAAUUGAAGUGGGUUUUCGACGAUGACAUUGAAGUCAAUGAGCAUUGGUUCAAUGAAAGCUUAGGGGUAAGGAACACGGAACGGAAACGCAGCGAGGCUGAGGUUAUAAGGUUUCUUGUUGAUAGGCUAAGUGAUAGAGAGAUUACAACGAGGGAUUGGAAGCUUUCAAGGAUAAUGAAGCUGUCGGGAUUGCCAUUUAUGGAGGGUCAAUUGUUGAGGAUUGUUGAAAUGCUUGGUGUUAAAGGUUGUUGGAAGCAAGCUCUUUCUGUGGUCCAAUGGGUGUACAAUUAUAAGGAUCACAGGAAAUAUCAAAGCAGGUUUGUUUACACGAAACUUCUUGCAGUUCUUGGGAAGGCAAGAAAGCCAAAGGAAGCCCUUCAAAUUUUCAAUUUGAUGCGUGGAAAUGUCGAUGUAUAUCCUGAUAUGGCUGCGUACCACAGCAUUGCUGUUACACUUGGUCAAGCUGGUCUUCUGAAAGAGCUGCUGAAUAUUGUGGAAUGCAUGAGGCAGAAACCCAAAACAGUUAAAUUUAUGUAUCGCAGGAACUGGGAUCCAAUUCUUGAACCUGAUGUGGUUAUAUAUAACGCUGUACUUAAUGCUUGUGUUCCAUCGAAGCAGUGGAAAGGCGUUUCAUGGGUUUUUAAGCAACUGAGGAAAAAUGGCCUGAAACCUAAUGGGGCAACUUUUGGACUUGCAAUGGAAGUAAUGCUGCAAUCGGGCAAUUAUGACCUUGUCCAUGAGUUGUUUGGAAAGAUGAGGAGAAGUGGGGAAGUUCCAAAAGCCGUUACUUAUAAAGUGUUGGUGAGAACUUUCUGGAUGGAAGGUAAAGUUGAUGAAGCUGUGGAAGCUGUCAGGGAAAUGGAAAGAAGAGGAGUUAUGGGAACAGCCAGUGUAUAUUAUGAGCUAGCUUGUUGCCUCUGCAACUAUGGGAGGUGGCAAGAUGCUAUUCUAGAGGUUGAGAAGAUUAAAAGACUUCCUCAUUCUAGGCCUUUGGAGGUUACCUUCACUGGCAUGAUUAAGUCUUCCAUGGAUGGUGGAUAUUUUGAUGAUUGCAUAUGUAUAUUUGAAUGCAUGAAAAAGCACUGUGCUCCUAACAUAGGGACCAUAAAUACCAUGCUCAAAGUUUAUGGUCAGAAUGAUAUGUUUUCCAAAGCUAAAGAGUUAUUUGAGGAAGUUAAAGUAGCCAAGUCAGAUUUUUAUGCCCCCCAAGAGGGUGGUAGUAGCUCUGUUGUCCCAGAUGUGUACACAUAUCACAUAAUGUUGGAAUCUUCUGCCAGUGCACACCAGUGGGAAUACUUUGAGCAUUGGUACAGAGAGAUGAUUCUCUCCGGUUAUCAGCUUGAUCAAAAUAAACACUUGUCUGUACUUGUUGAAGCUUCAAGAGCUGGCAAGUCGCAUUUACUUGAGCAUGUAUUUGACAUGAUUCUGGAAGCUGGAGAAAUUCCUCACCAUAUUCUCUUUUUUGAAUUGGUGAUUCAAGCUAUAGCUCAACAUAAUUAUGAGAGAGCUGUCAUCUUAGUUGACACCAUGGCUUAUGCACCAUUCCGAGUGACUGAAAAGCAGUGGACAGUCCUGUUUAAGGAAAAUGAAGACAGAAUUAGUCAUGAAAAUCUAGAGCAAUUGUUGGAUGCUCUUGGCAAUUGUGAUGUGGUAUCAGAACCAACAGUCUCAAAUUUAUCCAGGUCAUUGCAUGUUCUUUGUGGAUUAGGCGCAUCAAGAAACAUAUCUAGUAUCAUCCCUUUCGGAAGUGAAAAUACUAUCAAUGGUCAGAAUGAGGGAAUUGAUGAUGGUGGAAUUGAAAAUGUGCCAAAUAUUUCAGGGAGAAUGAUGAUGGGAAGUGCUGAAUCUGGGAAUGAUAUUCUUUUUGGUAGUUACCGUGCUGAACCAGAUACAUUUACCUUUAAUCUUGAUCAAGCUGAUGGAGGAGAUGAUAAUGAUGUCAUGGUUUGCAGGCCUCCAAACUGUAAUAUUGAAGAUAGAAUGAGUUUAUGUGAUGAUGAUCUGACACCUGACAAGUCUUCUGAUAGUUUAGUUGAGGAGCUCUGUGAUGAUGGAAGCUCUGAAGAUGAUGUUGGUCAUGGAGUAAUUGAUAAACCCUCAGCAUAUGAAAUAUUGGACUUAUGGAAGGAAAUGAGAAAAGAAGGAUCCGAGCUUGUUACACUCUAAACUUGGUUGUGGCUAGUAACUGCCAAGUUUCUUUAGUGUGUACAUAUACUAGCUGAACAGGAGAGGAAACUGUAACAUUGUUCACCAUAAAUUAGCUUGUUCUGAUCAACAUUUUGAUAUCUGCAACGAUGUUGUAAUUGGAAAAAGGGAACCCAAUUAAAAUUUAUAAAACUA